AUGAAAAUAGUAAACUACGCCAGUGUUGAAAAUCUUUACGAACGGUUUCCGGAUCUUCGGAAGCAAGAUGUUAACGAAUUGGAACAGUGGGUGCAAUCGAAGGCUCAUUUGCCACCGGUAACGGAACUCGAGCUUAUUCAGUUCAUCCAGUCUAACUAUUACGAUUUGGAAGCUGCAAAGCGAACGGUUGAAGCGUUCUUCACUUUUCGUACGAGUUGUAAGGAUUUUUUCCAUGAAAGGGAUAUAAUGGCAGUUCCUGUACAGCGAUCGAUGGAUGUGUUAUCUUUGGUGGUGCUCCCGGGAGAAACGCCAGCAGGAUACCGUGUACUUCUGGCUAAAAUCGUCGAUUCCGAUGCAGCCAAGUUCAACCUGUCAACGCUUUUGAAAUUGGCCUUCAUGUGCGUCGAUGUUGCACUUUGGGAAGAAGGAUGCGCCGAAGGAUUUCAGCUGGUCAUCGACAUGGACGGUCUCCAUUUGGGGCAUUUGCCCAAGUUAGGUAUUUUCACGCUGAGAAACUUUCUGAACUACAUUCAGGAAGCAUUGCCGAUCCGGCUCAAGGGAGUGCACUUGAUUAAUGUUGUUCCGUUCAUCGAUAAGAUCGUGGCUAUGAUUAAACCUUUCAUGAAGAAGGAGAUAUUGGAAAUAUUUCAACUGCAUCAAAAGGAAGAAACAGUUUAUCCCUUUGUGCCCCGGAAGAUGCUGCCCAGCGAAUAUGGCGGAGAAGAGCCGUCUAGAUUGGUUCUGACAAAGCAACUUUUUGACAAGACUAUGGAGCUAAGGGACUUUUUACUAGAAAAGGAACGGUUGCAGAAAGUGGACGAAAGUAAACGUAUAAAAACACGGUCGUUAUCGAAUAUGUUUGGAUUGUUCUGAUAUGUUUAACAGGCCGGACACCGACAACUU